AUGAGAAGGGGUGCCACAUUCGUCGUCAAACCUCUUCAUGAUCCAAGCGGAGAAUUUUCUAUUGUUCUUUAUGACCCUACUGUUGAUGAGAAGCCAGAAGUCAAACAGGGAAAUGACCAGAAAAAAGAUGAGGAACCCUCAAAACCCAAGCUAGAUGAGCCGCUCAUCCAUAAAAGCCUGGCUGAAAUUCUGGGUAUUAAAAAGAAUGUCGAAGAAAGGCCAAAGGUUCCUGUGGUUAUUGACCCAAAACUUGCCAAAGUACUUCGGCCCCAUCAGGUCGAAGGUGUCAAGUUCCUUUACCGUUGCACCACUGGGUUGGUAGACCCAAAUGCACACGGUUGUAUCAUGGCUGACGAAAUGGGUCUCGGCAAAACGUCAGCUGAAGCUGGCAAGUCCACUCUUCAAAAAGUUGUGAUUGCUUGCCCGGCGACCUUAGUAGGGAACUGGGCCAAUGAGUUAGUGAAAUGGCUCGGAAAAGAUGCCAUCCAUCCUUUCGUGAUUGACGGAAAGGCCUCGAAAGCAGAGCUCACCCUCCAACUUCGACAAUGGGCAAUUGCUUCUGGACGGCAAGUAGUACGGCCUGUUUUGAUUGUGUCGUAUGAGACACUUCGACUCAAUGUCGGAGAACUUGCAGAGACCCCAAUUGGCCUCUUAUUAUGCGAUGAGGGCCAUCGUUUGAAAAACGGGGAUAGUCAAACCUUUACCGCGUUAAACGGCUUAAACGUGGCACGCCGUGUGCUCCUCUCCGGAACGCCAAUCCAAAACGAUUUGUCCGAGUACUACUCUCUCCUAAAUUUCACUAACCCCGGCCUCCUUGGGAGCCGGUCUGAAUUCCAUAAACGAUUUGAGAUGCCCAUUCUUCGCGGUAGGGAUGCCGACGGCACAGAAGAAGAGAGGAAGAAAGGCGAUGAGUGUUUGGCAGAACUUUUGGGCAUUGUGAACAAGUUCAUCAUUCGACGGUCUAAUGAUAUUCUCUCCAAAUACUUGCCGGUCAAGUAUGAGCACGUCGUUUUUUGCAACUUGGCGCCGUUCCAGGUCGACCUGUAUAAUCACUUCAUCCAAAGCCCCGAUAUUAAGAGUCUACUUCGCGGAAAGGGAAGCCAGCCGUUGAAAGCCAUUGGCAUCUUGAAAAAGCUCUGCAAUCACCCCGAUCUUUUGAACUUGUCCGCAGACCUUCCCGGAUGUGAACAGUUUUUCCCAGAUGAUUUUGUCCCGCCUGAAGGCCGAGGUCGCGAUCGCGACGUAAAAUCAUGGUAUUCAGGAAAGAUGAUGGUAUUGGAUCGCAUGCUCGCACGCAUACGCCAGGAUACUAAUGAUAAAAUCGUUUUGAUUAGCAACUAUACGCAGACUUUGGACCUUUUUGAGAGACUUUGUCGGUCCCGUGGAUACGGAAGUCUGCGCCUUGAUGGCACAAUGAACGUGAAAAAGCGCCAGAAAUUGGUCGAUAAAUUUAACGAUCCAAAUGGGGAAGAAUUCGUGUUUUUACUUAGCAGCAAAGCUGGCGGUUGUGGUAUCAAUUUGGUCGGGGCCAACCGCCUUGUCUUGUUUGAUCCGGAUUGGAACCCAGCUGCAGAUCAACAAGCGCUUGCUCGUGUCUGGCGUGACGGCCAAAAGAAAGACUGUUUUGUGUACAGAUUUAUAGCGACCGGAAGUAUCGAGGAGAAGAUUUUUCAGAGACAGUCCCACAAGCAAUUGCUAUCAUCCUGUGUCGUGGAUUCAGCAGAGGACGUCGAGCGUCAUUUCAGCUUGGGUUCCUUGCGCGAACUAUUUCAGUUCAAACCGCAGACGACCAGUGACACGCACGACACGUUCAAAUGUAAACGAUGCCGUCCUGAUGGAACCCAGUUUAUCAAGGCUCCGGCAAUGCUUUACGGUGACACGAGCACUUGGAAUCAUUUUGUCAACGACGGGGAGAAAGGCGCCAUGAACAGGAUUCAAGAUCUAUUAUUGAGACAAGAGGCGUCUGAAAAAGUCGUCAGUGCGGUUUUCCAGCUCGAGAGAGUGAUUCGAGAGUCCGUCGCGAAGGGAGACCAUGCUAGGAUCAAAGGCAUAAUCGAUCAGCUCUGCCGCGACUAUGCGUAUGCUGUUCAUCAACCACAUGCGAGGAAUGGAGGGCUGAUAGGGUUGGCUGCAGCGGCCAUUGCCCUAGGAUCAGAAGAAGUUGCACCCUAUUUGACAUCCAUCGUUCCCCCUGUCCUAGCAUGCUUUACCUGCCAGGAUGCUCGAGUUAGAUACUACGCUUGCGAGAGCAUGUACAACAUUGCGAAAGUGGCCAAAGGCGAAAUUUUACUUUAUUUUAAUGAUAUUUUCGACGCUUUGUGCAAACUAGCUUCGGAUACCGAACUCUCCGUGAAGAACGGCGCUGAGCUGCUCGAUCGAUUAGUAAAAGACAUCGUGGCUGAUUCGGCUGCCUCGUAUGUUUCAAUGUUAGAAGCCCCCUCCAAAGACGAAGAGGGCAAUGAGGAACUGGAGUCUCCGACGGCGUUUUCACUCGCAAGAUUUAUCCCGCUUCUCAAGGAACGGAUUCACGUCAAUAGUCCCUUUACGCGCAACUUCUUGGUUUCUUGGUUGACGUUACUGGAUAUGAUACCCGAUCUUGAGCUAGUUACCUAUUUACCUGCGUUCUUAGCGGGCCUGUUCAACUUUCUUAGCGAUCCAAAUAGGGAUGUUCAUACGGCCACUCAGGGCCUCCUCGAAAGGUUUCUUGGGGAAAUUAAGAAGAUUGCCCGAAUUAAGAAGGGUAUCGCCGAUAGCCGCCGCGAUCGAGAUACCGGUGAGUCCAAAGAUUCCAUUACGACGGACAGUGUGAGUGUAAACUCAGAGCGGAGCGAUGUAAAUGGACCCAGUGAAAAUGCGAUUGCGGAUUCGGAGUCAGGCACAGUGAAUGAAGACCAGAGUAUCAACAUCUACGGAGAUUGGGUUCCCGGGCAAGACAUUCAUGUUGACCAUCCCAAAAUCCUGGAGAUUCUGGUCGGCUAUGUUGACACUGCCUUUGAUGAGGAGAUACAGUUGACAGCGCUACGCUGGAUCGACAGCUUCUUCGAAAUAAGCCCAGGGGAUAUACUUCAAUUCGUUCCCCGGCUGCUCUCUCAAGUUCUCCCGGCGCUGUCGAGCGGAUCAGAGCAGGUAUGUCAGGCAGCUAGUCGCGUGAAUAAUUCCCUUAUGCAAUACAUUGUAUCUCUGCCGGAAGAUGCCACCAACGAAAGUCGGAUGACGCCACCCCAGCGAACUUCCACAAUGAAUUCCAAAGAUACAAAUGAACGCCUAGUAUCAAACACCACUAGGAAACCACCGGAUACAAUUCCAGCACAACAACUUUCGCGCCCCCAAUCAGUUGAACUAGCAACACAAAACACUGAACAGCACGAAGCAGCAGACCUUGAUUAUGCUGCAGCUGUUAACGUGUUGACCCUCCAAUUUCUUAACGAGAACGAAGCAACAAGAGUUGCCGCCCUUACAUGGCUCAUAAUGUUACACCAAAAAGCUCCCCGAAAAGUGUUAGCUUUUCAUGAUGGAACAUUUCCAGCUCUGCUUAAAACUCUCUCGGACCCAGCUGAAGCAGUGGUGACGCGGGAUCUUCAGUUGCUUUCCCAAAUUUCAAGGAACAGCGAGGAUAGUUACUUCACCUCUUUCAUGGUGGACUUAUUGCAACUGUUCUCUACAGACCGAAAGCUUCUUGAAGUUCGGGGCAAUCUUAUCAUCAGGCAAUUGUCUAACUACAUCAAGGACAUUGAAUUUGCCAGUAUUAUGGUCCAGAACCUCAAUAACAACCUCAUUACAGCACCAGAAUUGGCAGAUCUGAGAAAGCGACUUCGAAAUCUGGAGAGCAAGGAGGGCCAAACACUCUUCAUGGCCCUAUUCCGCUCAUGGUGCCACAAUGCUGUAUCGACUUUUUCUCUAUGCUUACUAGCUCAGGCGUACGAGCAAGCAUAUCAUCUACUUCAGGUCUUCGCGGAACUAGAGAUGACGGUCAACAUGCUUAUCCAAAUCGAUAAGCUGGUGCAGCUUCUAGAGUCCCCGGUCUUUACAUACCUUCGCCUUCAGUUGCUCGAACCUGAAAAAUACCCCUAUCUUUACAAAUGCCUUUAUGGAGUUCUCAUGCUCCUGCCACAAAGCUCAGCUUUUGCAGCUCUUAAAAACCGGCUCAACAGCGUGAGCAAUAUUGGACUGUUCCAUAAUGUUCCUAGAACGCCCGGAAUCGGUGGAGCCCCGUCAUUAGGUUACGAGCGGCCGACAGGAAGACUCAAACGAGAGGAAAGCGUAAUCCGAUGGGCUGAUCUAUUGGACAAAUUCAAAACUGUGCAGGAAAGAUCCAAACGCUCGCGAGGGUUAGCACAGCGAGAGUUUGAUUCGGAUAAGUAUGGGCCGAACCAGUCUUCUGCGGGUGACUCAAACGGUGGCAGGGACAAAACGUUGCCUGAGAUAUCUGUCACCGGCUCUAGUCCCGGGCCUCGUCCUGGCGAUGCGGGUGUAGCAAAAGGGCCGGGGCACAAAGCGAGGGCAUCAUUAGGGAAUUUUGGUCGGUUGAGUGGUAUUGGGCAGAGGAAGUUGAAAAAGUGCAAUGUUUCAGCGACGCUGGAUGAUUUGCAAAAUCCAAACUUUUAA